CGAUCGAAAAUAAAAAAAAAAAUUCGUCGUUACUGGAAAAAGUAAAACAAAAAUUAUUGAAAGUUCGUCAGAAUCGAUGAGAAAUUAUAGAUUCACAAGAAACUGGUUUGAUAAACAUAUUCCCGAUUGGGAAAAAACUUUAGGCAGUUUAAAGAAUAAAAAAAUUAACGUUUUAGAUAUCGGAGUUUUUGAAGGAAAAACAACUAUAUGGAUUUUAGAAGAAUUACUUCAAAAUCCAGCUUCACGGGUAACAGCAAUUGACCCCUUUGAAAAUACUUUUGAAGGUAUAUUCUCAACCAAAGAUAACAAGGAAACCUAUUAUAAAAAUAUCAAAGAGUCAGCGAAAGAAAAUCAAAUUGUAACCAUCGGAGACAUUAGUUAUUUUGAUGCUCUUAACAAGUUGAAUUAUGAAAAUAGGGAUAAAUUCGAUUUCAUUCAUGUCGAUGGUUCUCAUAGUGCUAGUUAUGUAUUGGCUAACGCGGUUUUAUCUUGGAAUCUAUUAAAAGAAGGAGGAAUUAUGAUUCUUGAUGAUUACGAGUGGGAUUAUUUCGAAGAAAAAUAUAAUAAUCCGCGAGUUGCAAUUGAUUCAUUCUUAGAAAGUUAUCAAAGUCAAAUAGAGAUCAUUUAUAAGCAUUAUCAAGUAGCGAUUAAAAAGGUGAUUAGGAAGGUUCCUCGAAUUCCUCGUGAUGACAAAACGGUCGAUUAAAUAUAUGUAAGAAAUAUAUUUUUUAUGUUAGUUGCUCUCAUAUGUGAGGUGUAUGAGGAAAUAUUGACAAAUUUAAAUAAGUUGUAUUUUAUAAAAAUCUUUGUAUUUUUGUAAAAUUUUUUUAUUUGUUUAAUAUUAAAUUUUAAAUUUUAUUAUCAA